AUUUAAACACAACAGUGGAACAGUGAUGACAUCUCUAACUGCAUGUCUUGAGAUAGGCUGGGGUUAAUGAGCACAGGACAAAAGAGACUUUAACUGCUGUUGAGCAGCGGGGGCUACAGAAGAGAAGAGGAGGAGAGGAGCGUGUUACACAGACUCUACUGGAUCUAGUCCCUCACAAGCCCUUGGUGACUGAUUUGGACUAGCAGUACAGGACAAACCUGCAGGAGCCCACUGAUACAAACAGCCUCAACACAGAACAUCAGGACAAACCAGAUCUGCACUGUGACUGCUUUAGAUGAGUCACUCUGAAGAGGCAAGAGCAGGAUCAUCAGACGGAUUACAUGUAAAUACACAUGGUCUCUGAACGGACGAUGACCCUGGAGAGGAGGAGGCUGAGAGAGACACAGUAAGCAGCAAUAGACGGUUUUACAGGAUUUAGAAGACGAGGACAGAUACGAGAGUCAAAAAGCAGGCCUGCGCUAGUUCUACUGAAGAUACGGAUCUAGAAGCUUUAAACAUCAAAUAGCCGACUAUUUGAUUAGUUUGGCUGCAUUCAUCCUACAAAAAUGCAUCCAGCGAGCUCAAGAAAGAGCGAGCGGCUUUUCUCCUUCUUCUUCUAUGCCAUCUGUCUUUCCGUGUGUGCUGGGACGGGAAUGCCGGGUUCAGACUACAACCCUCAUCCUCGCUUCAUCUGCACCCCUAUUCCUGCUGAUGCCGAUCCCGGGUGUUUCCCCACAGCAGGCGGCCCCGGAUCCGGACACCACGGCGGGCCCGGCGGGAACAGCAACGGCUGGUGGGGAAUGUCCGAGGAGGCCAAAGCGACGAUCCUGCACCUGAGGGAGAGUUUGGUGCAGCAGAAGGAAACCAUCCUGGACCAGAGGGAGACCAUCCGAGAACUCACCGCCAAACUGAACCUGUGCGAGGGCUUGAGCCACACACCCACACACCUGGCCCAUCACGCCCAUCACGCCUACCCCACGGCACCCGACACCGGACACCUCGGACUGGAGCCGGGCCACUAUGGCGACGGGGUCGGAGGGCAUCACGCUGGGAAAGGUGCGCUGAGCGAGAAGCACAUGGCGGGGGAGAUUCCUUCACCCUCGUCCACACCGGAGCAGAUGAGCAAGAUGCUGCAGAGCCUAAAGCAGCGGCUGGACAACCUGCAGACGAGAAACAUCUCCAGCAGCUACUCCAGCUCCCUGAAGGACCUCCUGCAGAGGAAGAUCAGCGCUCUGGAGCAACAGAUGCAGCACCAUCACUCUGCCUCGCUAACCAGCGCCGCUCACUCCGACCACGAGGAUGCUGAUGAUGAUGACGAUGACGACGGUCACCAUGACAACAGAGACCACGACAGCCAUGACGACCACGGUGAUCCUCACGAUGAGAGUCACCGCACUGAUCACCAUGACGACGAUCACCACGACAACAACAGCCACCGUGACGACGGACACCAAGACUCCGGUCGCCAUGACGACAAGGCUUCCGAGCAUGGCUUCGAGAGGUUGUCGUAUAACCUGCAAGGUCACAGAGAAGCACAGGGUGGAGCGCACAGCAAACUGGACACGGUUCUCAGUCAGCUGCAGCACACGGGCUCUAGAAAGAAGAGCAGACCCACGGAAGCUUUCCAGAUCGGCUUCCCCAUGAGGACCAACUACAUGUACGGUCGUGUGAAGCGCACGCUGCUGCACGAGAUCUUCUCCUUCACGCUGUGUCUGUGGAUGAAGGCUGGCAUCGGCCCGGGGCUCGGGACGCCCUUCUCUUACUCCGUGCCCGGACAGGCCAAUGAGCUGGUGCUCAUCGAGUGGGGAAACAACCCCAUGGAGCUGCUGGUCGAUGACAGAGCCGUGUCUCUGCCGCUCUCGGUGAGUGAUGGUAAAUGGCACCACGUGUGUGUGACGUGGUCGACGCGGGACGGACUGUGGGAGGCCUAUCAGGACGGAGUGAAGAGAGGCUCAGGAGAAAACCUCUCGCCCUGGCACCCCAUCAAACCUGGAGGAGUCUUCAUACUGGGACAGGAACAGGACACACUGGGAGGCCGCUUCGAUGCGACACAGGCGUUCGUUGGUGAAAUCUCAGACGUUCAGAUGUGGUCUCAUGUUCUCACGCCGCACGACAUCUACAGCCUGGCGUCAUGUGGAGGUCACAUGACCGGUGACAUCAUCGCCUGGGCGGAGUCAGAGGUGGAGCUGCACAGCGGGGUCACCAAAUACCCCUUUGACCCCUGCCAUUAAAGAGAAGGACACGUGACUUCAAAGCAUUCUGACCACUCGUAACCUCAUCGUAAUGCAAAACUCAUUCAAUAUUGCCUUCUGUUGACGUGAGGAACCUGAACGACCCCAUGACCUCUAGGAUUUCACCAGGGACCCGUUUUGUAUUGUUUCAGUGUUUUGUGCGGCGGAUGUUUUCUUACUGAACUUUUUUUGUUGUUUUUUGACUUUUAUUCAGUGUCUGAUGCGAGUAUAUGACAUAUUGUCCUAACUUGGAUAGAAAAGCACAGGUCAUAGAUAGAAUGUGAAGACAGGAGUGCUAUAAAAGAAGAAACAGAUGGCUCUCGAGGCUCUAUUUGAGCAGCAAAUAUUGAUUUUCUUGGAAUCUAAAGAUACAGCGAACCCAAAGAGAAGAGUCACACUCCGCUGAUCAGGCUGCUGUGUUUGUACACUUUCUAACUGAAAUAAGUAUCUCUUAGGUUUGACUGUACUGUCCAGAUGUUGAAAUGUUUAGCCGACUCAAAGCGGAGCUAAAUAAGCAGCGAUUCUGUGAUACCCGUUGAGUUUCAGAUUGUGUCGUAGUUUGAUUUAGUGCGUUUACUUUACUGUCAGUGUUUCAAAAGAAUAUAAUUUUCCACUAAUGUAUAUGCAUUGGAAUUUAUUAUGCAUUUAAUGUUUUAAUCAACCUGUUUUCAUUUGUUUGCGUUUUUAAAAAGCAGAAAUGCAAUAAAGGGACUACAACUUUCA